AAACGGCAAUGUCAAAUGCCGACAAGAACGCGGCGAAGGGAAGCGGCGCGUCUGCUGACCUUGCAGCGAACAAGAGAACGUGAGUGUAUCAGUGGCGACAGGCCAUUCGUAGGGACCGGCGGACACCACGUGCGCCUCAGUGCGUCCACGGACAGUAAUGGGUCCCUUCAACAACUCAGAUGCGCUUGAAGACGGUCGUGGCAACUCGUCAAUUGACCUCGUGAUGCCGUCUCUCCCCAGCAAUCUGGCGUGCAUCUUUGCGGGCUUUGCGUCGACGUUCACGUGCGACCGCCGCUUUUGCCCUACCGACAACUGCUGCCUCGUGGACGACGCCUGUCGACUGCUGCAGACGUACCCGUCGCCACCGACGUUCGUCAACGCUACGAUCGAGCUGCUGCACUCGCUGCCUCCCGUCGCCAGCGUGACCUUUCAUGGCAAUGGCCUGCGCCAAAUCGGCUUGGCUACCGACGCUGCGGCGAUGACGUCGAGUCCCACGACGUCCAUGUGGGUGCGUGCGAACCCGCAGGUGAACGGGACAGUGCUGCUGCCCGCAACCAUGACCGACGUGUAUUUUGCCGACUUGACGGACGAUCCCCACCGGUCGUUUGUGUGGCCCAAAGCGCUGCGCUCCCUGUCGAUGGACGACGCAGCGUUCGCCGUCGACACGCCGCUGCCAGCCUCGCUCGAGAGCUUUCACUGCAGCAACUGCGGCUGGUCGCGUGUCCGGCAUUCGUACGAAUGGCCCCCCGCCCUAAAGCACCUGACCCUACGUCGCAACCGCAUGCAGUCGUUCACAGCCAAGCACUCGUGGCCAUCGACGCUGCAGACACUGGACGUGUCGAGCAACCUCAUUGAGCUCUUCGAGGGCCUUCCCGUUGUCAAGUCACUCAACAUGCGUCAGAACCGCUUGCGCUCGAUUCACCUCUCGGUCCACAUGUGGGCCGACAACUUGGACUUUUCAAGCAACCCGUACCUUGAAUCUGUUCAAUGUGCGCAACUGCCGCACCCAUUUUCGUUCUUAAACUUGACCAACUCGUCGUACGCGACGCUGUCGCUCGACAAGAGCUGCGUCAAGGCGCUGGGAUUGGCGGCCGACAAGUCUGCAGCCGAGUUUGUCGUUGUCCCCAAAAGCUAUCUCAAUGGAAAGCCGUCGUGUCCGUUUGGGUGCUCGGCGUCGCUGACGGUCACCAUCGACGCCGAGCCAAGCGCCAUUGCCGUCUGCAACAUGACAGAUGUCCUGACGACGCAGCUCUGGAUCGGUAUCUAUAUUGCGGAAAGCGUCCUCGUCGUGCUCGCCAUCGUCGUCUUCGCGCUUCGACUCACUCGGUCGUUUUGCUUUGCAUUGACAACGACCAACACGAGCACCCACGACGGUAUCGAGCUCGAAUUCAUCCCAGCGCUACUCUCCGACGACGAGAUUCGCCGCCUGUUGCCACUCGAGCCCUACCGGCUGCGUGCGCCACUGACACUGUAUCCCCGGUCGAUCCUGGGGCGCGGUGCGACCUCUGACGUUGUCCUUGGGUCGUACCACGCGCAGUAUGUGGCCGUCAAGCAGAUUCGCCGCGAUCUUGUCUCGUCCGAGAUGGUCUGCGCCUUUGUCGACGAGAUCCGCCUCAUGGCGCGGUUUUCAUGCCCGUAUCUGGUCAGUUUUGUGGGCGUCCAAUGGUCGACGUUCUUGCAUCUGCAGUGCGUCGUCGAACACAUGGCGCACGGCGAUCUGCGCUCGUACUUGGAAACACACCGUACACUGCCGGCCGACGCGCAAUGGCGCAUGGCGCUGGCCGUAGCGCAAGCACUCGUGUACCUCCACGCGCAUAGCGUCGUGCACCGGGAUGUGAAGUCACGAAAUGUCCUCCUCGGCGAGAAUCUGCAAGCCAAAGUCGCCGACUUUGGUGUCGCGCGCCGCGUGGCCAGCAAAGACGACGAAGUCAUGACGAGUGCCGUCGGAACGUUCCGCUGGACGGCGCCCGAGGUGCUUCAAGGCGCCCGCUACGACACGAAAGCGGACAUUUACUCGUUUGGCAUGGUGCUCACGGAGCUCGACUCGCGCAAAGUACCGUAUGCGGAUGUUCGCAAUGGCCGCGGCCAAGCCAUGGGCAGCUUUACGCUUCUCUACCACGUGAUGCGAGGCGAGAUGCAGCCAUCCUUCUCAUCCGCGUGUCCCGAGUGGCUAAAGGACGUGGCACUGCGCUGCGUGGCGCUCAAUCCGGACAAGCGUCCCACGGCGCGCGAGGUCGUCCAGGCUCUUGAGGACGCCAAUAUCUUUACCAUUUUGAACGACGAUGAUGACGCGGACACAUCGAGUGAAAGCUCGAUCGCGCACUAAGCCAACAACCUAUUUACAGUGCUGCAGUACUAUGAUGCAUGGUGGGAGAACGUUAUGGUGAAUUCUCGUGCUGCCACGUCAUUUUGGAACAUGACGUGGCACCGUCUCGGCGAAG